ACCUCUCUCAAGGCCCACCAUCAUGACACUUGAGAGAAACAGAUAUCAAGCAAGCUUGGGUGUAGUUUUGCAGCUUAAAGAACAAACCAGGGUGGAAAGUGGAGGGGCAUGCCCACAGCUGGAGAGACUCCAGGAAAGGCCUGGGAAAACAUGGUGAGAAGGUGGCCAUCUACAAGCCAGGAAGAAAACCCGCACCAGAAGCCAAACCCUGCUGGAACCUUGAUUUUGAACCUUCCAGCCUCUAAACCUGGAUGCUUUUUGCCAUUCUGAUGGUAAAUGAUGAGACAAACAACCAUGGAUUUCAGCACUCCAUCUGUGUUUGACCAGCAAAAAGGUGACUCAUCUGAGGAAGUUGACCUGACCAUGGUUUAUCAGGCAGCUUCUAAUGGAGAUGUCAAUGCUCUGACCUCAGUAAUUCGUGAAGACCCUUCCAUCCUAGAAUGCUGUGACAGUGAAGGAUGUACACCCUUGAUGCAUGCAGUUUCUGGACGUCAAGUGGACACAGUGAAGCUGUUGUUGAAGAUGGGGGCCAAUAUUAACAUGCAGGAUGCUUAUGGCCGCACAAGUCUAUGCCUGGCAACCUAUCUGGGUUGGCUAGAAGGUUGUGUGAGUCUGCUCAGGAAUGGUGCCAAGCACAAUAUCCCAGAUAAAAAUGGCCGUCUGCCACUGCAUGCUGCCACUGCUGAGCCCGAUGUGAGGCUCCUAACAGUGUUGGUGCAACAGUCAAAUCUCAGCGAGAUUAAUCACCAGGACAAUGAGGGAAUGACACCACUUCACUGGGCAGCUUUCCACAACCGGCCUCAACACACCCAAAUGCUGCUGAAGAAAGGAGCAGACCCUACUCUUGUGGAUAAAGACUUUAAAACAGCUUUGCACUGGGCAGUCCAGAGUGGAAAUAGAAUUCUGUGUUCCAUCAUCCUGAGCCACCACCAGGGUCCAUCCAUAAUCAACUACGAUGACGAGAGUGGGAAGACAUGUGUGCACAUCGCCGCAGCAGCAGGCUUCAGCGACAUUAUUAACGAACUGGCGAGAGUGCCUGAGUGCAACCUGCAGGCUCUGGAUGUGGACGACAGGACACCGCUGCACUGGGCUGCAGCUGCAGGGAAGGCAGACUGUGUGCAGUCACUGCUGGAACUGGGCAUGGACAGCAACCUGCGAGACACCAAGGAGAGCACACCCCUGGCCUACGCCCUGUACUGUGGCCACACAGCCUGUGUCCAACUCCUCUGCCAAGAGAGUAGAACAGAGCCUACUCGACCCUUUCCUUCCCAGAGCAGUAGACCCCAGAAGAAGGAGGGACGAUUCAGCAUGCUCAACCAAAUCUUCUGCAAAAACAAAAAAGAAGAGCAGAGAGCCUAUCAGAAGGAUCACAGCAGGGAUCGACACAGGGGGGAGCACACCUCGGAAGUCGAUGACAUCAUCACCACCUUUGACGGCAUGGUGGAUACCAACUGCCAAGAAGGGCCAGGCGAUCAGGUGGCUAUGAUUGACCUUAAGAAGCGGACCUCAGAGAAUUCAAAAUAUCUCUUGCCAGAAAAGAAGCCUCUGGGCCCCAAGGGGCUUCCACCAAUCAGAACGCAGAGUCUCCCACCCAUCACCGUGGGCAGUCACUUCCUGACAACUUCCCAGGGGGCCACUUCCCAUACUGGUCUGAGCUCUGGUAGUCAUCAUAUGGCCCAGCGAUCUCAGAAAAGCCGCAGUGAGCAGGACUUACUGCAUAACAGAACUGGUUGCCAAGCGUUGCUAGAUAACCCCUGGAGAGGCGAUUCUAACCAGGUGUUCUGUAAGACUGGGACUGUGUCUUCUUCUGAUAAACUGCUGGACAGAUUGCUCACCAGUGGCUCUGGUCACCAGGAGGUCUUUGGGCUGCCACAUCUUCCUCAUCUACAUAAUCCUUCAUCAGGACAAAAUUUUCAGCAUCUGUCCCCAAACAGACCCCAAAUCAGGGGUCAUCCUUUCACCCGGAACAACCUAGCUCCCUUACCAGACCAAAAAUUUCUAUCUGGAGAAUCUCUGAGGACAAACCGAGUGCUACCUGCUAUUCCAAGCCAACGGGGACACAGCACAGCAGGCAAAGAAAGUGAAAACUCUGUCAAUCCCACCAAUGAUGAGAAUUAGCUGUGGCUCACUGACUGUAAAAAUAGGGAUUAUAUAUAUUUUCAACUGUCAAGGGAUGAGAUUACUCUAGUUUGUGAGAACAAAGACUGAUUCAGUAAAUUGCAUUCUAGAAGCCAUUCACAGUUUUACAACUCCUUCCUAAUGACAUUUCCCAAACAAGCGCUUGGAAUCUUUGAUUAUAUAUAUAUUUUAAGUCUGUGAGUUGCUCUGACCUCUACAUGCCAAAACUAAAAGUCAUAAUAUGUUAUCAGCAGGGAAACAGCUGUGUUUGGCUUGCACUGUGGUAUCAGCAGAGAUUUUUUUUUUCCUGAACGAUUUUAUGUUCUUAAAAUGUAUGCUUUGCUGAAUAAAAAA